ACUUUGUUAUUACUUUUUGAAAGUUUCUUUUUCUUUGUCAAUUAUUUUUUUACUUUGUUGUUUAGUUUGCUAUUAAUUGUUCAUCAGUAUGACUUCGUUGGAAUUAAAUAGAUCUGAGCGUAUUAGAGCUGCUCUAUUCGAUGAUUUAUCAAGUGACAUUUUAUACACAACAUCGAUCGACAAUAAAUCAGAAACAUGUGUCCUUAGACUCUCUGAACCUGCACAAAUGAUUAAAUUGGCGAUUGAAGCUUUGAUUAAUUACCAGAAUGACGCUGAUUUGGCCACAAGUGCUGUUCCUGAGCUGUUGAAGCUAUUAAAUGAUGAAGAUGAAGUGGUGGUUAACAAAGCGACAUUAAUGGUUCACCAUCUUUCGCGAAAAGUCGCUUCCCGACACGCGCUCAUCAAUUCUCCUCAAAUGGUGUCCGCUCUUCUUAGGGCGAUGUCAAAUGCCGAAGCUGAGACAACCACUUUUGCUGCGAGUAUUUUACAUAAUUUAUCUCAACAUCAACAAGGUCUUCUAGCGAUUUUCAAGUCCGAUGGAAUCUCUGCCUUAAUUAAGCUUCUCACCUCUCCAAUCAACCGAGUUGUUUACUAUUCCUUGACAACGAUCUACAACCUGUUGCUUCAUCAAGAAGGAUCAAAAAUGGCCGUUCGACUCGCCGGAGGAAUCCAAAAGAUGGUCACAUUGUUGAAUCAUCCCAAUCCUAAAUUCCUCGCUCUUUUGACCGAAUGUUUAACUUUACUUGCUUAUGGAAAUCAAGAGUCUAAGUUGAUUAUUCUCGCCUCAGGCGGUGUUCCAGAGAUUGUGAACAUUAUGCUUGUCCAUAACUAUGAGAAAUUACUUUGGACAACAUCUCGACUACUCAAAGUUUUGUCCGUUUGUCAAAGUAACAAACUCGCGAUCAUCCAAGCCGGAGGAAUCUACGCUUUGGAUAUGCACUUGGAACAACCCGGAAGAUUACAAUUAAGUUGCCUUUGGGCUUUGAGGAAUUUAUCUGAUUCUGCCACCGAUAUUCUCAACAUUGAUCAUCUUCUCCAAGUUCUACUCAAUUUACUCAAAAGUGAAGAUCUUAACGUAGUUGUUUGUUCGGUCGCUAUUCUGUCCAAUUUGACCUGCAACAAUACCCAAAACAAACUAUUCUUAUGUCAACUAGAUGCAAUUGAAAAGAUUGUUACAACCAUCAAACAAGCUGGAGAUAGACAAGAGAUCGUUGAACCAGCAAUUUGUGUUCUCAAACACCUGACACAUCAGCAUGAGGAAGCAGAAAUAGCCCAGAAUGAUGUCCGUCUUCACGAUGGUUUGAAUUAUAUUGUAAAUUUCUUGAAUCUACCGAUCAGUUGGUCACUUAUCAAGGGAAUUGUGGGAUUAAUUCACAAUCUGGCUCAAUGUCCAGCCAACCAAGCGCCAUUACGAGAAGCUGGAGUUAUUCCCAAGUUGAAUCAAAUUUUAUCCAAAGCUCAACAAGAGAGAAACUCAUCUUCAGGAUACAUGGAUGGUGUUAAAAUCGCCGAUGUCAUGGAGGGAACGAUGUAUUCAUUCAAGAUGUUAGCUCGAGAUGUUCAUAAUCGAUCCAUUAUCACAGAAAUGAACUUAAUCUCAACAUUCGUGCAACUCUUGUAUUGUGACGAUGAGAACGUUCAACAAUCUGCUGUUGGUGUUCUCAGUGAACUGUCCCUCGAAAAGAAAGCCGUUGACAUUAUUGAAUCCGAAGGAGCUACUGCAGCUCUUACUGAACUUCUCCAUUCUAGAAAUGAAGUGACAGCCACUUUCGCCGCCGCUGUUUUGUAUCGAAUGUCCGAAGAUAAACCUCAGGAUUACAAGAAGCGUCUAUCAUUGGAACUGACAGCAACCCUUUUCCGUGACGAACCCAAUGAUUGGACUUCAGCCGGUGAAGUGGAAAACGAGGUCUUACCCCAAGCUGAAUCUCACUACGGAUCACUCGCCUCUCCCCUCAAUCCUUAUCCACAAUCAAUUUACGUCCAAACCACAUCAGAUAUGGAUGUUAACAAUCCCUAUUCAUCACCAUAUUACAACGAACAGGACCAAGUCGCCAAUAAUGACCAAUACUCCGCUUGGUACGACACCGACCUUUAACUUAUCAACAAUCAAAUCAAAAACCGUUUCCAGUGACUUAUCACCAAUAUUUCAGUGGCCUUAUCAAUUUAAUCUUAUUACUCUUAUACAAAUCUGACAACUUUGGAUUACAAUUUAUUAUUAUUGAUUGAGUCUAUUCAAUGAAUCAUACUGAUGAAAAAUUCAUGCAGAGGAUCAAAAGAAAAUGAAGAAAUAAGAAGUUACUACUUAACAAUAAUUUUAAUUGCAACAAAUUAUUUUAAUUAAGAUUGUUAUAAUCAACAGUUACUCUAGUUUGACUUACACUAGUAAUUGGAAACGAUUAUUUUUGUUAAGUUAAUCGUUUCCAAUUACUAAUUGUAAGUUACUGUUCAACUAAUAAAUCACAACAAUAACCAUUGUAAUCUAAUUAUACGAAGAAUUUGAUUAACUAAUUAGGAAAUUAUUUCUAACAAUUGUUAUCUUUAGAUUGUAAUUGUUACUGUUGACUUUAACUGCAUGUUUACAAUUAGCACUCAACUGGUCGUAAUAAAUAAUAUUGUUAAUGAUGGUUAAUAAAUUACGAUAACAAUCAAGAAACAAAAAAUGUUGUCCAGUUUAUCAUUUAAGAAUUAAAUUAAAAAGAAUCAAAAUUAAUAAUAUUUUACUUAACUGAUGAUUGUAAACUCUAAUUGUUGACUUUAAUAUGUCAAUGAUCAUUAAAUCCCUUCAUUAAAUAUGUAAAUGAUUAACUAAUAAGAUAAAAUUAGCUUAAUUGUC